AUGUCUGGUACAGUUCCAUCGCUCGCUGCAAACAUUGAGAAGCCUCCUGGCACACCAAUUGACCCUGCUGAUGCUGAGCGUGUCAAACUUUUUCAACCAUUCCAGCAAAAAUCUGUUACCUUGCAUAAUCGUUUGGGCGUUUCUCCUAUGUGCAUGUACAGCUCUGUCGAUGGCCAUUUGAAUGAUUUCCACGUCUUGCAUUAUGGAUCUUUAGCUUUAAAGGGUCCAGGCAUCGUCAUGAUUGAAGCCUCGGCUGUAGUUCCAGAAGGCAGAAUUACGCCUCAGGAUAGUGGUUUGUGGAACGACUCACAUAUCAACGAUUUGAAGCGUGUAGUCGAUGUUAUCAAAUCACAAGGUAGUACACCAGGUAUUCAGAUUGCACACGCUGGUAGAAAAGCAUCCAUGUCUCCUCCUUUCAAAGGCGAUUACCUCGAAGCUGAAGCUGAUGGAGGCUGGCCCAAUAGUGUCGUCGGUCCAUCUGAUAACGCUUACGCUCCUCAUUACGCAAAACCCCAUGCUUUGACUGUGCAAGAGAUCAGACAGAUUGUUCAAUCGUUUGUCGAUGCUGCCGUUCGCGCUGAUAAGGCUGGCAUUGAAGUGUUGGAAAUUCAUGCCGCUCAUGGAUACUUGCUCAGCAGCUUCUUUUCGGGUAACUCCAACAAACGUACUGAUAAAUACGGCGGUAGUUUUGAAAACAGAAUUAGAUUUGGUUUGGAAGUUGUCAAGGCGGUUCGCGAUGCAUGGCCCGAUCAUAAACCACUAUGGGUUCGUAUCUCGUGUGCUGAAUACGUUAACCCUGAGCCCAUGGGUAGCGAUCCUGAUGGCUGGGAUAUCUACCAAUCUUGCAAACUGGCAGCCGAAUUCAAGAAAUUGGGUGUGGAUGUGGUAGAUUGCUCUAGCGGCGGCAAUGUCCAGGGUGUCAAGUAUCCUAGUACCCCCAUGUACCAAGUCCAAUUCUCUGAAGCCAUCAAAAGAGAAGCAGGCAUCCAAACAGCUACUGUUGGAUUGAUUGUAGAAGGCACUGACGCCGAGCAAAUUCUGCAAAAGAAUCAAGCUGAUUACAUUUUAGCAGCACGUGAAUUCUUGAGAGACAGCGCAUUUGUCUUGGUAUCAGCACAAGCAUUGGAUGUCAAUAUCAAGUUUCCCAACCAAUACGAAUGGGCUGUGCGCAAAGCCAGACGCCAUAACACCACCAAACCAGAUGAAUCAAAGCAUGGUAGUGCUGUCAAAAUGACCUCUAUCCCAUAA